GGAGGAGGAGGAGAUCAGAUCCGGAGGGCUGGACCUGCAGGAGGAGGAGGAUCACAUCAGCCCGCAGGUCACCAGCACCUCCUCCUCCUCGCUAGCACUCUGCCUCUCUCUGCGCCUCCUGGCCCGGCUCGGCACGACUCGGAACAGUUACCCCUGGACCAGGACUCGGGCACACAGACACACGGUCACAGGAUCAGGAGACCGGGAGCGGGACCUGCAGGAUCCGUGUUCCGGCUGCGGGCUCCCGUCAUGCUGGGCACGGUGAAGAUGGAAGGACACGAAGCUCCGGACUGGAGCGGAUACUACAGCGAGGAGGUGUACUCUCCAAUGGCAGGUGGUGGGAUGGGUUCUGGUCUCGGGAUGGGCUCCAUGUCAAGCUACAUGUCCAGCAGUGGGCCCACAUCAGGCUCCUUCAACAUGUCAUACACUGGGACCGGUCUGAGCCCUGCCCCAAUGGGGGGAAUGGGAGGAUCAGCCCAUACAGCCAUGCCGGGUCUGGGCGGGAGCGUGGCCUCGAUGAGUGGGGCCAUGAGUCCAUCUAGUAUGACUUCAGUAUCAGCACAACAGGCCUCAAUGGGCCUGAACCCAUAUGGUGGCAUGAGUCCCACAAUGAGCACUGGGGUGGCAUACGGCAGCGGUGGACUGAACCGAGCCCGUGACAACAAGGCAUUCAGACGGAGCUACCCACAUGCCAAACCCCCCUACUCCUACAUCUCACUCAUCACCAUGGCAAUCCAGCAGGCACCCAGUAAGAUGCUGACACUGAGUGAAAUCUACCAAUGGAUCAUGGACCUGUUCCCGUACUACCGACAGAACCAGCAGCGCUGGCAGAACUCCAUCCGGCACUCACUGUCCUUCAAUGACUGCUUUGUCAAGGUGUCACGCUCGCCGGACAAACCAGGGAAGGGCUCAUACUGGACCCUGCACCCGGACUCUGGAAACAUGUUUGAGAACGGCUGCUACUUGCGGCGCCAGAAAAGGUUCAAGUGCGAGAAGAAGAUGUCGACAAAAUCAGAUGGAAGGAAGGAGCAGGGUGGAGGAGGAACAUCUCCUUCAGAGGACUCUGUCAAAUCUCCACAACUUCUGGACUCUUCCCUGCCCUCCUCCAGCCAGACGGCUUCACCUCCUGGUCUGGACCUGAGGGGAGGUGUUGGUGGGACAUCAGACCUGAAGGUAUCCAGCUCCCAGCUCCUGUCCUCUCUGUCACUGCCCCCCCACUCCAUGUCACACGAGUCCCAGAUGCACAUCAAAGGAGACCCCCAUUACUCCUUCAACCACCCAUUCUCCAUCAACAACUUAAUGUCCUCUUCAGAGCAGCAGCACAAACUGGACCUGAAGGCCUAUGAGGCGCUGCAGUACUCCUCCUACAGCACUGGGGGGGCGUCUGGCCUUGGGGGUAGGACCAUGGAGUCUUUGGAGGCUUCCUACUACCAGGGGGUGUAUCCCAGACCGCUCCUCAACACCUCAUAGUACCCACUGCAUGUCUGGACGCUUUGCAUGCAGCUGUCCUGGACUUCCUGUCUGACUGUGAUGAAGCUGAACCAGAUUGACCCUGCUGCUGCAGCUGCUGGUCUGCUGGUUUCUGCUGCUGGUCUACUGGUUUCUGAACUCCUGCACUGUGACCAAACCAGGACACAAACAGUUAUCUGUCAGCUGAUUAAACUGACUACAGGUCUGUUUUCUCCUUUACACACUGAGUCGCAAACAGGUCAGGCUAAAACUUCCAACCCUUUAUAUUUAAAUCAGACCAGGUUCAUCAGUCAGUUGUGAAUCCAGGAGUGUGUUCACAUUGGUUGGUUAGUGCAAAGUGUAGACGUGACUUUAUGUCAGUGGUUCAGGAGUCAGCAGCCCGCCAGUGGGUCACCAAGAUAUAACUAACAAACAUUUCUGCUUCACAGAUCAGUGAUUCCAGAGCCUUCGGGUUCAGUGUUUGCUCACAGGACAGUUCAAGACCCAGGGCUCUAAAAACAGUUUACAGCAACAUGUCACAACCUGUGACUGAUCCAGACUCAUAACCCAGUGCCUGCUGCUGCCUGCAGGGAGGUGGACUGUGAGGGUUUAGAGGUUGGGUGGAGGAUGCAGCACAUCAUCCAAGAGUUAAUGAGUUCUAAAAGAACAACAACAGUCAGGAAGACUUUAUUAGUUUGUGUUGACUCAUGGCAGAAACUCAGCAUGAUCCAGCUGCUAAAAGUCCUGCUACAGAUGUAAGGCGUGUUGAAUCUACAACACCCAAAAUCUACAGAGCCUCUGACUCUGGGGUAGGAUCCUCCUUACUGACACUGUCACAGCCACCCCUCUGAGUGAUUGGUAAGAUCAGUGCAUGUGAGAAAGUAGGUGUAGCUUGAACUUGUCUUUCAGCUGUGGAUGUUCAGACCAUGUAGAAACAGAAGGAACCAUUAUAUGAACUUUCAUAGUUAGGGCAAGAAAAUUACUGCAGGUCUGUUACAGGACAAGUCAGGUCCACAUGGUCCGGGAAGGACAGCGUCCUCAGGAACAGGUUUCAGGCAGAGGCAGGAAGUGUCACUGAAGGUCUGACAGGUCCAUUUACACACUGCAACACCUCAGAGCAGCCUGCCUGUUCACAGACCUGAACACUGAUCGGUACAACAGAGAACAGUCAGCGCAGCGUGUUCUUUCCAUUUGAUCAGGAGCUUUUGUGCCUUUAAUUUCUUCAUUUGUCCAGAAUUAUUCCACAGAGCUGGACUUCACUUCCCGAGUUUGUCCUUCAGGCAACAGGGGUAUACUUUUACCUGGGCGGAGGCGCUGUCUUACAGACUAAACUCAGGGAACUGUCAGAUGAUUGGCUGCAGCGUUCAGGUGAGGCAGGUGAGACAUGAGGAGUCCUGCAGACUGCUCAUCACUUCUUUCAUGGCGGUCAGAGAACGGAUGGACCUUAAGGUAAAUGAACACAAACGCUGUCGGUGUGUGACUCUCAAACGAAGCUGUUCCCUCACAAACCUUCAGUUAGUUCGACCUUCACUCUGAGACACGAAGAGGGAAAUGUUCAGCAUCUCACAAAAAGCAACAGACUUUGGAGGAAGGUCUGGAAAGUUCUGUUUGUGCAGCAGAACCUGUUGGUUUUUAUUUACAACUUUGUUAAUCAUCUCCAGAUGCCCCCAGGCUUAUUGACCCCCGAGGGUGAACUACUCAUCUAAGAUACCUGACAGACAAUACAUGUGAGCUGCAUCUGAGUCUAAAUGACAGGUUUAGGUUUUGUCUCCUGGUGACUCAGAGGUCAGAGGUCACCUGGUGACGAUGAAACUGUGGUUGUCAUGGUGAUGCUGACAAGCUGCAGGUGUUUACAGACACAAACUUGGCUCCAGGUUAUGAAGCUUGUAAUGAAUUGAUUUGAUCAGCGAUAUGAUGGGAAUUUAUUUCUCCCACGACCUCGUCUGCCUCUCUGCUGAACUCCUGAGGGGUCAUGACCCUCAGAGUGAGAAACCCCUGGACAGAUAAAAAGGCUGUACUUAAAGGGUCAGUUCACCCAAAUGACUGCAACGCAGAUUUCCCUGCCCGUUUGUUGCCGUCUCAUCUGUUUCCCAGCAGCUGAGCUUUUGUCUCCCGGCGCAGCGUCGUCGGUUUCUACGUUCCGGUUCGGUCCAGUUUCAUCAGAUGAGGUCAGUGACUGACAGGAGCUGAGCAGAGACAAACAGAAGCUCGGCGGCUUUACUUUGGGCUGAAAACAAAACAAACGUGCAAGGUCAGCUCCGCUCUGCAGGUUAAAUGUGCAGAAACGCUCGGACACAGAAAACCCAACCGAUUAUUCGCCUCAUUUUUCCGACUCUGCCCAAACGAGCCGACGCCACGUGGCGUUUCCGUCCGUCACGUUGCUGUGACAGCUAUGAUCGUCUUUACACUGUCGGACUCAAACAGGUUUCCACUCAGGCACCGAGCACACUGACUGAAUGAGGACAAGGCAAACUUUUUCCUCUGCUGUUUUUAUUUAUUCAGUUCUUAUGCUCGAUGCCAACACGUCACAUUAAGAUGGUGAAACCGAUCAGCUUCGCUCCACUUCCUAAUCAAUCAUCAUCUGUUGACCCUCUAAAGACAAGUGUAUUACCUUGUUAGCCAAUCAUUUCUGUUCUCUCACAUUAUCCCAAAUAAACUGUUUAAUUAAUGAAACCUGAAAAUAUCCAUCUGAAAAAUCCCGGGAAUCAUUCACCAAUAAUCAGAGUUAUUGAUGAAUCCACUAGUUAUUGGUGGAUGUUUAAAAGAUCUUUGUUUGGUGACUUCACUCUGUGUGUAAAAGGAGAAACCGCUUCCUGACAGUUUUCUGACUGUUGAUGCAUCUGAUUUAUUGAACUCUUCUGUUCAUGUUCAUUCACAGAUUAUUGAUUACUAUCAUGUGCAUGAAUGAAGUGGGAGGUCUUUUCUUCUUCUCUUUUCUGGAGAAAGA